AGCUCCACACAGGAGAUUGGAGAAGAGCUGGAGGAUGGUGUGAUCUACAGCAUAUCGCUCCGGAAAGUACAGCUCCAUCACACAGCCAACAAAGGACAGCGAUGGCUGGGGUUUGAGAAUGAGUCAGCCUUAAACCUCUACGAGACGUGUAAGGUGCGGACGAUAAAAGCUGGGACCUUGGAAAAGCUGGUGGAGUACCUGGUCUCAGCCUUCAAGGGCAAUGAUUCCACCUAUGUCACCAUCUUCCUGUGCACUUACCGAGCCUUCGCCACCACCAAGCAAGUGCUGGACCUGCUGCUUAACAGGUAUGGCAAACUCCACGUCCAGGCAAAUGGGGACCAUGCCAGGCACGUUGUGGAUGAGAGGAUGGAGCUGAAGAACACCAUCUCCUCCAUCCUGGGGGCCUGGCUGGACCAGUACUCAGAGGACUUCCGCAAGCCCCCAGACUUCUCCUGCCUCAAGCAGCUCAUCUCCUACGUGCGCCACAACAUCCCUGGCUCUGACCUGGAGCGCCGAGCCCGCAUCCUGCUGGCCCAGUUCCAGCAGCAGGAGCAGAGCGAGUCUGAGGCAGAAGCUGUGGACCAUGGCAGCUGCACCUUCCAGCUGGUGGAGGAGAACGGAGUCGGGGACGGGAAGCCAGAUUUCCUCUCCUUCUCCCCAGAGAUGGUGGCAGAGCAGUUCACGCUGAUGGAUGCUGAGCUGUUUAAGAAAGUGGUGCCUUACCACUGCCUGGGCUGCAUCUGGUCCCAGCGAGACAAGAAGGGCAAAGAGCACCUGGCACCCACCAUCCGUGCCACAGUCUCACAGUUCAACAGUGUGGCCAACUGUGUCAUCGCCACGUGUCUCGGGGACAGGUCCCUGAAGCCACAGCAGAGAGCCAAAGUGGUGGAGAGAUGGAUCGAGGUGGCUCGGGAAUGUCGUAUCCUGAAGAACUUCUCCUCCCUCCGAGCCAUCCUCUCAGCUCUGCAGUGCAAUGCUGUUCACCGGCUGAAGAAGACCUGGGAUGAGGUCCUGAGGGAGAGCUUCCGCACAUUCCAUGAGCUCUCAGAGAUCUUCUCCGAUGAGAACAACCACUCACUGAGUCGGGAGCUGCUCAUUAAGGAGGGCACAUCCAAAUUUGCCACCUUGGAGAUCAAUCCAAAGAGGGCUCAGAAGCGGCAGCAGCAGCAGCGAGAGAUGGGCGUGAUGCAGGGCACCAUUCCCUACCUCGGCACCUUCCUCACGGACCUGGUGAUGCUCGACACUGCCAUGAAGGAUUUCCUGGAUGGUGGGCUGAUCAACUUUGAGAAGAGAAGGAAGGAGUUUGAAGUCAUCGCGCAGAUCAAGCUGCUUCAGUCAGCCUGCAACAACUACAGCUUCACACAGGAGGAUCAGUUUGUGGAGUGGUUCCACAGCCUGGAGAGGCUCAGUGAGGCUGAGAGCUAUGGGCUGUCGUGUGAGAUCGAGCCGCUGUCGGAGUCAGCCAGCAACACGUUGAAGGCAAAGAAGAACACAGGCAUCAUCAAGAGAUGGAGCGAUCGGCAGCCCCCAAGCUCCGAGCCCUGCGCCAGCGGCAGCUCCCACUCGAAAUCCUUCGACCAGCUUAAGUGUGGGCAGUACCUGUGCAGUGGGGACGCCACCGACUCGGUGAGCGUCACCUCCGCCGGCUCCAGCAGCUCCGACGUGGAGGAGAUCAACAUCAGCUUCAUCCCCGAGUCCCCUGACUGCCAGGAGAAGAAGGUACGUGGCAGUUUGCAGUCUAAACCCACUGUGUCCUCCGCAUCCCCUCUCCUCCCUGCCCUCCAGUUCUGGGAAUCCACCUCCCUCUCCUCCCUGGACACGUCAGGCAUCGGUUCAGGCUCCAGCAGUGCCUCCUCCUCUUCCGUCCCCUCCACGCCGGUGACGGCUUCCCGCACACACAAGCGCUCGGUCUCCGGCAUCUCCAGCUACUCCUCACUCUCGCUGCCCCUCUACAACCAGCAGGUCGACGACUGUUGCAUCAUCCGUGUCAGCCUGGCCGUGGACAACGGCAACAUGUACAAGAGCAUCCUGGUGACGAGCCAGGACAAGACCCCCGUGGUUAUUCGCAAGGCCAUGGCCAAACACAACUUGGAUGGGGAUCGACCUGAAGACUAUGAGCUCGUCCAGAUCAUCUCAGAGGAGAGAGAGCUGAAGAUCCCCGACAACGCCAACGUCUUCUACGCCAUGAACUCCGCCGCCAACUAUGACUUUGUGCUCAAGAAACGCGGCUUCUCCAAGGGGGUGAAGAUCAAGCACGGCUCCAGCUCCACCUUGCCCAGGAUGAAGCAGAAAGGCCUGAAGAUUGCCAAAGGCAUCUUCUAG